AUGAAGUUCAAUACGUUCUUUCAUUGUUUCGCUCUGAUUGCCACUUCUGGUACAGCAGUCGCUCGCCCAGCGUUGGGAGAUAUUGGAUCAAUACCCAUGUCGAGUUUGUUCUCAAGGGCUACGGAUGACGACUUUUACUUUGAUGACCUCUCUUCGAUCAAAAAGAUUGCAGCUAUUGGAGACUCGUAUUCGGCCGGGAUAGGGGCUGGUGACAGACUGCAGGGCCCAGGUGAUUCCGAUUGCGCUCGAUAUGAUCAUUCAUACCCAUAUCUUGUCAACCAGGACGGAAGGCUUGGCGAUUCAACCAAGAGAAAAUUUCAGUUCGAGUCGUGUUCCGGGGCAGUAGUCCAGGACGUGAUUGAUGACCAGAUUCCUGCGGUCGACUCAGGCCAGCAAGUCAUUCUUCUCUCUGCUGGUGGCAACGAUGCGGAGCUUGUCAACAUUCUCAACCAAUGCGUUUUCCAAUGGCUAGCGUUUAGCGAUGCCCAGUGGUUCAUUGGGAAGAUUGCAAGCUGGAAGGGCGACAAGUGGGCUAACGCGUGGGACUGGAACAAAUAUUCCCGUGGAUGCGAAGGACAGCUGAAAGUAUCAGAAAGCAUCAUCCGCAGUGACGAGUUUGGAAAGAGACUCGACAUUAUGAUUGAGGCCGCCAAGAAGAAGUUGUCGCCAGAUGGUAUGAUAUACUAUACUGGUUACGCAAAAUUCUUCGGGACUGACUACGACACGGCGUGCAACAAAGUGAGCUGGACAGUAUGGAUUUUUAAAGCUUACAGCCGAUUGCAAGAUGUCAUCACUCUGAAAGCUAGCAACCGUCGUUGGAUGAACUUUCUCGUUGACCUCAUGAAUAAACAGCUGGAGGCGGCUGUUGCACGGGCGGGUGACAAGGUCAAGUUUGUUGAUUACGACGAGCUUGUCGGAGACUUUAACGGGCGCUUCUGCGAGCCCGGCGUCGACGAAUCAACCGUGGAUAGCAACACGAGGCCAGAAUUGAUGUUCUACGAGCUCAACACCCUGGAUCCGUGGGGCAAGUAUCCCUGGAAGCGAGGAACAGGCAGCUACCACAACGGAACCUUCGCCGCUGAGAUGAACAUACUUUCACAAGCGAUGCAGUACGUUGAUGAUAGUGCCGAAUUCAGACAUGAUCGUCUUAUAGACGAUGGCGGCAAGUCAGAAAACAUCGAGACAGUCUCGGCUCUGGAUAUCGACGAAGACAGUGUAUCUAAUGUGAUACCUGACGGGUAUGGGCGCAUCUUUCACCCUCAGAUUCUGCUGCACAAGCUCAUCGCGAACCUUGUCCUUUUUCACAUGUCGAAUCACCGGGCGAAAGAGGACGGGCAAGAUACUGUGCCUAUGGAGGAUGAGAGUUCUGGCUCUUGCUCCCUUGAUCUGCCUGACACGGAUGUCGUUCUGAAUUACAAGGAAACCGAAGCUGGGGAGUCUGUAAAGAAAGGCACGAAGCUGCGGAUUCUUCCGGUGGGCGAUUCCAUCACUGUCGGGUACUUGAGCGACAGGAAUGGCGGGGACGGCAACGGCUACCGAGGUCAGCUUAAAAAGGACUUGUCUGAUGAUGAAGUCGUCUUUGCUGGCACAGAAUCAUCCGGCACGAUGAGUGAUGGUUACUACGCGGCUUGGUCUGGAAAGACCAUUCAGUACAUCUCUGACCAUGUCGAUCCGUCAUUGAAGCAACGACCCAAUAUCAUCCUCUUGGCAGCGGGGACGAACGACAUGAACCCGAACCGCGGCAUCUCCAAAGAAGGGAACGACCCCAAGGGAGCUGCUGAUCGACUAGGCAAGCUAGUUGACAAGAUGAUCAAGGAGUGCCCAGACGCGACCAUCUUAGUUGCGAUGAUCAUCAACACCUGCGACGAGAAGCAGAGUCCAGCAACGAAAGAGUUCCAGAAACUCAUUCCUGAUGUUGUCAAGUCACGAAGGGAGGAUGGUCACCACGUGCUCGCAGUCGACUUCACCACCUUCAAGACAAGCGAUCUGCAGGAUUGUAUUCAUCCCACGAAUUCAGGAUACAAGCUCAUGGGCGACUAUUGGUACAGCUUCAUCCACCAGAUCCCCACCAGCUGGAUCAAGCAGCCCGUCGGGCCCGACCCAAACAGCGGCGGAAGCGGCAACAACGGCGGCAUUGACAAGAACAUCCCUGCUCCCGACUGGGGGAAGAGCCCCAUCCAGGUUACCUCGAAGGAAACCGUUGCUUAUGCGGCUCAGUCAGCAAAGGGGGGGAAGAGUUGGACUGCCUGCAAUAAAAGCCCCAUCUGGAAAGGUGCGGGAAAGAUUGCUCAAGGCAACGUGGGCCACAAUGGUGACUGGAAGUACCACAAGAACUGGGUUGCCGAGGGAGAGGUUGCUGAGGGACUGGGGUGGGACACUCGCUAUGUCCGUCUCCAUGACAUGAACGGCGACGGAAAGGCCGACUACGUUUGGAUCCAUCCCAAGACCGGAGAGAUCAGAUGCUGGCUGAACAACCUGCCCAAGCCAUGGUCUCCCGCAGGCAACAACAACAGCAUUAUCGGCAGUGGUGUGGGCCCGGCAAAGACCAUCUUCCUUGCGGAUAUGAAUGGAGACGGUAUGGACGACUAUCUCGUUGUUGAUCCAGAUAAUGGCUCAGUUCGGGUCUGGUGGAACUACGGCCCCGACGAUAACUGGGUCAACGGCUGGAGGUUUGUACCUGGAGGCGAGAUCGCCUCAGGUGUUCCACAUGCCAAUCUUGAAACUUUGCGAUUCCCUGAUGUAAAUGGUGACGGAAGGGCUGACUAUGUGUACAUUGGUGAAGGGGGAUCCUUGAAACACCACAUGAACACUGGGUCGCCUGGAGGACAAGAUGUACUCUUCCAUGCCAUGGGUGGUAUUGCAACGGGCGCUGUGCGGAACUUGUCUAACUUGGUAUUCGCUGAUAUGAACGGUGAUGGCCGAGACGACUAUCUGAUCUGGGACGAAGACGGUGGUCUCACUGGCUUUCUCAACCAGCCCACGAACAGAGAAGGCGUGCCUCUCUUUAUCAACCAAGGCGAACCCAAGACUAUCGCAGAUGGCAUCAAGAAGGACCCUAGCACCAUCAGGCUGGCCGACAUGGACGGGGAUGGCAAAGACGACUACGUCUACGUCGGCAAGAAUGGCGCCCUGUCUGUAUGGUAUAAUCGGGGGACGACAGAUGACUCCAUGACAAUCGAUGGUCUACGCUUUGCGGACAUUGAUGGCGAUGGGAUCGAUGACUACAUCUGGCUGGAUCCCAAGUCGGGGGCUCCAACUGUCUAUCUCAAUGCAGGGGUAGAUGACGGUGACUCCCUGGGUUGGGCUUGGAAGCCACUGAACGGUGGUAAGGCCAUUGCUUCUGGUGCGGCACCGGCCCAUCAAGUUGUUUUUGGUGAUAUCAAUGGGGAUGGGCUUGACGACUACCUGGACCUGGAUGACAAAACCGGUAUGCUCAAGGCCUACUUGAAUGUGGGUGAAGACAAGGGGUCCGAGUAUGGCUGGAAGUUCAAGCCUAUCGGCACCAUAGCCUCUGGUCUCGGACCCGGCAAGAGGGUCAGAAUUGCCGAUAUUGAUGGCGACGGCCGCGAUGACUACAUAUACCUCAAAGACAACGGCGGCACCACCAUCUACCGAAACGUCUACCACCCUGAGCACACAGGCGACAGGUACAAGCCACUUCCAGAGGCAGAUGCCUCCGGCAUAAACCAGUCGCCCGAUGAAAUCGACUUUAUCGACCUCAACGGCGAUGGCAAGGCAGAUCACGUCUGGACGCGCAAACUCGACGGCCGUGUCAAGGUCUGGUACAACGACUACCCCAACAAGCCUACCUGGCGGGAAGCUGGCGAGAUCGCUGGCGGAGUCGGAACCUCCGGUACCAACGUUCGGUACGGGACUCUUUCAUCGACCGGCCGCGCGGACUACAUUCCUGUCGAUCCCAAGACUGGUGCCAUUGCGGCGUGGCUAAAUGGUUGCAACGACUUUGAUACCUCGGAGAAGAAGCACAAGAUCACCAUUUUCCAGAGGAAUGUACAUGGUAACAAGAGGAUGUGGGGCAUCACCGAGUACCCCUUGCAAGGGAAGCAACCCAAGGAUCACUGCGACCUAACGGGCAAGUAUUCCCGAAGCGCGCAGAUCAGUCCCAAUGAUCCUGACGACGCCGAGUACCCGACUUUGGUUACGAACAAUGACAAGAUAUAUGGCAAAGAAUGUUACUAUAUUGGUUCGCCUUAUACGGUAGGCCAGUUGUAUUGUGAUGGCGUCAGCGGGAUUGUGUGCUACAAAGACCCAGACCAUUGGAAGAGCAAGGGUUGCGGUGGGUGGUCAUAUCGGAUCUCCCUGUCAUGUAAAUGGUAG